GUGAUGGGUCAUUUGCGGCGCGACGCGAGCAAACACCACGCUGUUGUGAAACAUACAUUUGUACAGGUGCUGAGGAAUGCCGUGAGAUGGCUAAUGAUUUGUGCAUUUCUCCUAGUUUGACAGUCGAACGUUGGGACAAAAUGAGGGACAUGUCGCAGUUAAGUGAUGACACAGAGUUGGAAAGCAACCAAGAUCGAGAUCCAGACCUCGUCGAAGAAAGAUUCCGUGUGGACCGUCGAAAACUUGAACAAAUGUUGCAAGCUGCAGCAGAGGGCCAUGGCGAGGCCGUGGAAGAUUUCUUUCGAAGGAUAAUGGAUGAAACGACGACACAAAUCACAUGGCCGUCGAAGCUGAAGAUUGGUGCUAAAAGCAAGAAAGUUUAA